AUGGGUGAUUAAGAACCUUUAAAAAGCAAAGAAGAUUAUUUUAUAAAUCGUCUGGCAUGCUCAUUCAAUAUAAGGAACUCAAUUUAAUAAGACAAAUUCAAGAAAUCAUUUGAAGCAGAGGAUAAUAAGUAAUUUUACCAGUGUUAAAAUUAAUUAGAAUAGUGUUUGACAGACUAAUGAAAGAUGAAAGUAAUAUGAUAGCUGUAUUUGCCAUUCAAUCUGGGGCAGAGUCUGUUACAUUAUUUUCAGAUGUUCCUCAUCCAGAUAAGUUUAGAAAGAAGGGGCUGAUUGCACUUAAAAUAUCUGAAAGCCCACUUUCAAUAUAAAAUAUCACUCAUAAUAUAGUGUUUUUGGAAUUAACAAGAAAUGUAACUAUUUUAUUUUAUUUUAGAUUUUGGAGCAUUUAUACUCAACCUUCUAUGAGAUAAUGAGUCCAAUCUUAUAGAAUCCUAGUAAUCAACAGGGUUGGACAGACUUAGUAGCAAAAGAUUUAAUGGAGAAAUUCAAUGCAUACGUUGCUUAAGUUUACGUUAUGAUUGGUUAAAUAGAAGGAAGAACUAAAUUGGUAAAUUAUUAUAAUAUAUUUAAGCCAAUUCCAUCACACAAAUUAACUUAAUCAGAUACAACACCAGCAAAAGAUAAAGCCCAUGUUUAUGAAAGUUCAAUUAUAACAUGGACAAAAUAAAUAAAAAACGUAUUGAAAUUAGAACCAGAAUAAGCUUUGAAGAAUGGACACAAUCCAGGACCUUUGGUUGAAUUAAAAUUUUGGGAAAAUAAAGCUGCCAAUCUUAAUAGCAUAAAAGACUAAUUGGAAGGAACUGAAGUGAUUAAAAUCUUAAGAUUUUUGGAAGUCAACAAAUCAACUUAUACAAAUCCAUUUUCAAAAUUAUAAAGGGAGGUAACAAAGGCAAGAGAAGAAGCAAAUGAUAAUAAUAAAUUUUUAGAUUUAUUGAAAGAUCCUUUCUAAAGACUAUAAGAUACUGGUGGAGACUUUUAGGCUUUACAUGAAUUAUUCAUUCCAAUAAUGCAUAGAAUUCUAUUGAUUUGGAAAAAUUCUAAAUUUUAUAAUACUCCACCAAGAUUAGUAGUUUUGAUAAGAGAGAUAUGCAAUGCAAUCAUAACCAAAGCUCAAGACUUUGUUAAUGGACCAAUGAUAUUCUAAAUGAUUAGUUCAGAAGAAACAUUUGAGGCUUGUGAAAAGUUGUAAAUUACUAUUGACGUUUGUACAAAGUUUAAAGAUGCUUACUUUGAAUAUAAAGCCAAAGCAGAAGGUCAUUGGAAAUUGACUACUAAUGCAUUAUUUGUUAGAUUAGAUUCCUUUUUAGAAAGAUGUCAUGAUAUUUUACAUUUAACUAAUACUAUAGUUUAGUUUAAUAAAUUAGCCAAGAUUGAUCUUGGUGGUACAAAAGGAAAAACAUUGACUGAAUCAGUUUAAUAAAUUUUUGUUGAAUUUUAAAAAGCUGUUGAACAAUUCUAAUAAGUAAAAUAUGAUAUUAUGGACAUAACACAAAAAGAAUUUGAUGAUAGUUUUUAUGAAUUCAGAUCAAAGAUUAAGGAAUUAGAAAGAAGAUUAGCUUCAGUAAUUACAUAAGGAUUUGAUGAUUAUGAUACAUUACAUGGAAGAUUCAAAUUAUUAGAUAGUUUUGAAGGUUUGUUAUCCAGACCAAUUAUCUAGGAUGAAUUAGAGAAAAAACAUAUAGUAUUAUUAGAUAUGUACAAAUAAGAUUUGAAAUAAGUUUAAUAAAUCUUUUUGGAAGGUUAUGAAUUGGUUGAUAAAUUAAAUGAAAGAGCACCAAUUUAUAAUAAUAUGCCUCCUAUUGCAGGAGCAUUGAUGUGGUGCAAAGGAUUAAGAGAUAGAAUUACAGAACCUUUAGAUAAAUUGGCAUAAUUAGGAUAAGGUAUAACAGAAAGAGAAGAAUAUAAGGAUGUAUUGAAAUUAUAUUAAUCAAUAACAAAAUAAAUAAAAGAUUACGAAUAAACAAAGAUUUUGAGUUGGGAAUAAGAAGUAGGUAAAGUAUCAGAAGAAAAACAAAAGCAACCUUUAUUAUCAAAAGAUGAGAAUGGUUUAUUAAGAGUUAAUUUUGAUCCUGCUUUGGUUAGAUUAUUAAGAGAAGUGAAAUAUUUCACAUUGCUUGAAUAACCAGUUCCUGAAUCUGCCUCAGAAUUAUUUUCUAAAAAUGAUACUUUUAGAGAAUAUAUAGUUUAAUUGGAAAUGAUUGUUGAGAAUCAUAAUUUCAUAGUAACUUAAUUACAUCCAAUGGAAGAACCUUUGAUAAAGAAUAGAAUUGAAAAGAUGGAUGAAGUACUGAAACCAGGUAUUGAACAUUACAAAUGGAAGAGUAAUGACAUUAAUAAAUUUAUUGAAACAGCCAAGGCUACUGUUGAUGAAUUACACUAAAUAGUGUAAAAGAUGAAGGAAACUCUAAAAAAGAUAGAGUAAGCAUUAGAGAAAUUCAAUACUAAGAUAAUUGAGAGAAAAAAUAAACCAAUGUCUCCAGAUGAUUAUGAUCAAUUCUUAAAGGCAGUUGUUUAGAAUAAGUUAUCUAUAGUUAAAGAUAAUGGAACAUCAAUUAACAAACUUGUUAAAGAAGUUCUUGAUUAAGUUAAAGUUGACAAAAAAUAAUAGGCUUGGAUAAAUUAUCAAUAUUAUUUAAAUUCAAUUGUUAUUAAUGGUUUAGCAAGAGCCAUUAUAACUGCUUUAACACAUAUGAAUGAAUAAAUCAAUCCAUAAUAUAUUAAGAAACAUGAAAUUGCACCUUUAUUUGAUAUCAAAUUAGAAUUAUUUAGAAAUGUAGGAAUUCAAUAUGAACCUGAAAUUGAAGAAGCAACAUAAGGACAAAGUGUUCGUAAUACAAUUAGAGGAUGGGCUAAUGAUAUGUUUUAUAUUGCAGGCUAAUUUUAAAGAUUAGAUUCUGCAAAUCCUUUUGGUGAUUAUUUGCCAGAAAUUAAAGAAUAUUUUGAAAUCAAAGAAAUAGUUCAGGCUAUCAAUCUUAAUUUAGAUUAAAUUGAAGAAGAAACUAAAUCCUUUAAAUAAUCUUAUAUGACUUAUAGUUAUCUAUGGUUAGAAGAUCCUAAAUCAGCUUUCGAAGAUUUCAUGAUAAAGAAUGAACCCAAAGAUGCACCUGAAGAUGAAGAUUAAUCAUAAAAUCCUUUAUUGUAAGGUUGUAGAAUAAAGAUUCCAAAAUUAGAUUUUUUUGAUGAUAAAAUUACAACAUUGAAAAAUAUUCAAUAAGAAAUCAAUAGAAUAAUGACACCUUAUGAAAUAUCAUGGUUGAGAAUCAAUUUACAACCAUUGAAAAGUGCACUUGAAAAUAAGGUGAGUCAAUAAAUAAAAGUUUACACUGAAUUUUUAGUUGUUUAAUUCAAGACUACAUUGAAAAACCUUAAAGGAUUUAUUCAAAGAACAAAUGAAGGAAUCAAAGAGAAUCCUGCAAGUGAAGAGAAUACUGGAAAUAGAGAUUUAUUAAUGAAAGUUAUGAGAGUUAUAUCAGAUGUUAAAGAUGUGGAACAUAAAUGUGAAGGAAUUGUUGUAAGAAUGAAAGAAAUGGUUAAUAAAUUAAAGAAACAUGGAGUUUAAAUAAUGGAGAAAGGAGAAGAAGAUCCAGUUUAAAGUAUUGAUAAUGCAUUUACUUAAUUUAAUGAGACAACUUAGAAAGUGUUUAAGAUUAAAGCUGAAAUCUUACCAUUAUAAACUUAAGAAACCAUCAAUAUUAAGAAGAAAUUAGAUGAAUUCUAAAAGAAGGUAUCAGACUUUAGAAAUGAUACUUUAAAUAAUUUACCUUAUAGUUAUCAUGAUGAUAUGAAGAUGGAUUCAAUAUUAUAUUCAUAUGUCACAAUUGAUGAUUACUAUAAAAAGUUAUUAUAGAUGGAGAAAGAGGCUGCAGAUUAUAAUCAAUUGGAGAAAUUGUUUGAAUUAGAGAAAAGUGGUUAUAAAUAAUUAAGAGAAACAAAUGUUGAUUUGAAAUCAUUGAAAAUAAUGUGGGAUGCUAUUUCAAUGGUAAAUUACUAAUAUAAUGAUUGGAAAUCUAAACCAUUCAGAUAAAUUAAGGCUGAUGUCUUAUUAGAAUCUAAUAAAAUCUUGGGACUUCAAUUGAAGAACUUACCAAAGGAAGUCAAAAACUUCAAAGGAUAUAAUGCUAUUGUUGAUAAGGUUAAGAAUAUGUCAGUUGUAUUACCAUUGGUUUCAGCUUUACAUAGUGAAUUCAUGGAAGAUAGACAUUGGAGUUAAGUUAAAGAUAUGACUAAGAGUAAAUUUGAACAUAAAGCUAUGACAUUCUUAUUUGAUGAUAUUCUUGCUUUAUAAUUAUAUAAAUUUGAUGCAUAAAUAAAUGAAGUAGUAGAAGUAGCAUCAAAGGAAGCUAAAAUUGAAAAGAAAUUGAAAUUGAUUGAAACAGCUUGGUUGAAAUAAAUCUUUGAAUUUGAAGAUUAUAAAGAAACUAAGAUCUUUUUACCAUUAGAUAAUAUGAUGGAAAUGUUAGAUUAACAUUCUCUUGAUUUGAUGGGUAUGAAAGGAUAAGGUAAAUAUGUUGAAUUCUUUUACAAUACAGUAGAAGAUUGGAGAGAAAAAUUAGGAAGAGUUGAUUCUGUUGUUGGUGAAUGGUUGAAAGUUUAAAAGAAUUGGAAGACUUUAGUUAAUAUCUUUAUUGGAUCUGAAGAUAUUAGAAUGUAAUUACCAGAAGAUACUAAAGUAUUUGAAGCUGUUGAUAAAGAAUUUAGAGAACUUAUGACUGAAGUUGCAGCUAAUCCAUUGGUUAUUGAAGCAUGUAUUAAUGAAAGAAAGGAUUAAUUAGUUGCUAUGAGUUUAAAUAUUAAGAAAUGUGAAAAAGCUUUAAAUGAUUAUUUAGAAUAGAAAAAGAAAGCAUUUCCUAGAUUCUAUUUCUUGUCAAAUCAAUCCCUAUUAACUAUUUUAUCAAAUGGUUAAAAUCCACCUAAAGUUUGUGAAUUCUUAGGUGAUUGUUUCGAUGGAAUGAAAACACUUAGUUUUGAACCUUCCAAAAAUCCAAAUGAUGUUCCAAGAAGCACACAUAGUAUGAUUUCUAAGGAUGAUGAGAAAGUUCCAUUUUCAUCAAAUUUUGAAUGUGUAGGAGCAGUUGAACAUUGGUUAUCAGCAUUAGAAUAUAAGAUGAGAGAGACAUUAGAAGAAAUAUUGGAAAAGGCAAAGGAAACAUCAGAAAAUUGGGAAAGUGGUGACAAUCCUAGAGAAGAUUGGGUUAAAAAUUAUUGUGCUUAAAUUGCAUUGUUAACAACAUAAAUUGUAUGGACUGAAGAUGUUACUAGAGCAUUUGAAGAUUUGGCUGGUGGUGCUGAAACAGCCAUGAAAGAAUGUUUGAAAUUGAUUGAAGUUCGUAUUGAUAAUUUGAUUAAGAAGGUCAGAGGAAAUUUAGAAAUAUUAGAGCGUAUGAAAAUUAUUAAUAUUAUNAUGGAAGAUAGACAUUGGAGUUAAGUUAAAGAUAUGACUAAGAGUAAAUUUGAACAUAAAGCUAUGACAUUCUUAUUUGAUGAUAUUCUUGCUUUAUAAUUAUAUAAAUUUGAUGCAUAAAUAAAUGAAGUAGUAGAAGUAGCAUCAAAGGAAGCUAAAAUUGAAAAGAAAUUGAAAUUGAUUGAAACAGCUUGGUUGAAAUAAAUCUUUGAAUUUGAAGAUUAUAAAGAAACUAAGAUCUUUUUACCAUUAGAUAAUAUGAUGGAAAUGUUAGAUUAACAUUCUCUUGAUUUAAUGGGUAUGAAAGGAUAAGGUAAAUAUGUUGAAUUCUUUUACAAUACAGUAGAAGAUUGGAGAGAAAAAUUAGGAAGAGUUGAUUCUGUUGUUGGUGAAUGGUUGAAAGUUUAAAAGAAUUGGAAGACUUUAGUUAAUAUCUUUAUUGGAUCUGAAGAUAUUAGAAUGUAAUUACCAGAAGAUACUAAAGUAUUUGAAGCUGUUGAUAAAGAAUUUAGAGAACUUAUGACUGAAGUUGCAGCUAAUCCAUUGGUUAUUGAAGCAUGUAUUAAUGAAAGAAAGGAUUAAUUAGUUGCUAUGAGUUUAAAUAUUAAGAAAUGUGAAAAAGCUUUAAAUGAUUAUUUAGAAUAGAAAAAGAAAGCAUUUCCUAGAUUCUAUUUCUUGUCAAAUCAAUCCCUAUUAACUAUUUUAUCAAAUGGUUAAAAUCCACCUAAAGUUUGUGAAUUCUUAGGUGAUUGUUUCGAUGGAAUGAAAACACUUACUUUUGAACCAACAAAAAAUCCAAAUGAUAUUCCAAGAAGCACACAUAGUAUGAUUUCUAAGGAUGAUGAGAGAGUUCCAUUUUCAUCUAAUUUUGAAUGUGUAGGAGCAGUUGAACAUUGGUUAUCAGCAUUAGAAUAUAAGAUGAGAGAGACAUUAGAAGAAAUAUUAGAAAAGGCUAAAGAAACAUCAGAAAAUUGGGAAAGUGGUGACAAUCCUAGAGAAGAUUGGGUUAAAAAUUAUUGUGCUUAAAUUGCAUUGUUAACAACAUAAAUUGUAUGGACUGAAGAUGUUACUAGAGCAUUUGAAGAUUUAGGUGGUGGUGCUGAAACAGCAAUGAAAGAAUGUUUGAAAUUGAUUGAAGUUCGUAUUGAUAAUUUGAUUAAAAAAGUCAGAGGUAAUUUGGAAAUUUUAGAACGUAUGAAAAUCAUUAACAUCAUUACAAUCGAUGUACAUUCAAGAGAUGUUGUUGAAAAAUUCUGUCUUUAGAAAACUCAAGAAUUAGAAUCUUUUGCUUGGUUGUCACAAUUGAAAUUUUAUUGGGAUAAUAAGGAUAAUGAUAUGCAUUUAAGAUAAGCAUUGAGAUUCAAAUGGGAGAAAGAAAGAGAUAAAUCAAAGUGUAUUAUUAGAAUUGUUGAUUGGUUCAGAUUCUAUUCAUAUGAAUAUGUUGGUAAUGCAUUAAGAUUGGUCAUUACUCCAUUAACAGAUAGAUGUUACAUUACAUUAACAUAAGCAUUGAAUCUUACAAUGGGUGGUGCACCUGCAGGUCCAGCUGGUACUGGAAAGACUGAAACUACAAAAGAUUUAGGCAGAGCAGUAGGAUUACCAGUCAUGGUUUUUAAUUGUUCAGAUCAAAUGGGUAAAGAUUCAAUGGCUCAAAUCUUUAUGGGUUUGUCUUAAUCAGGAGCAUGGGGAUGUUUCGAUGAAUUUAAUAGAAUAGCAAUAGAAGUGUUAUCAGUCAUUAGUACACAAGUUAAAACUAUUUUGGAUGCAUUAAAGGAAAAGAAACCUAAAUUAAUAUUUAUGGAAGAAGGAGAAAUAUCAAUAUAAGACACUGUAGGAUUCUUUAUUACUAUGAAUCCAGGAUAUGCAGGUAGAACUGAAUUACCUGAAAAUUUGAAAGCAUUGUUUAGAUCAUGUGCUAUGGUUGUACCAGAUUUAGUAUUGAUUUGUGAAAAUAUGCUUAUGUCUGAAGGUUUCUAAUAAGCAAGAGCAUUAAGUAGAAAAUUCGUAUCUUUGUAUAUGUUAUCCAGAGAAUUGUUAUCAAAAGCUAGACAUUAUGAUUGGGGUUUGAGAGCAGUAAAAUCAGUGUUGAGAUAAGCUGGUAAAUUGAAGAGAGCAGAUCCAUAAAUAGCAGAGGAUCCAUUAUUGAUGAGAGCUCUAAGAGAUUUCAAUAUGCCAAAGAUUGUUACAGAUGAUAAACCAAUCUUUUUAGGUUUGAUAGGAGAUUUAUUCCCAAGAAUUGAAUGUGAAAGUAAAACAAAUCCUGAUUUAAAGAAAAUUGUAGUUGAUACAACUAAAUAAGAUAUGGGAUUAGUAGCUGAAGAAAUGUUUGUAUUAAAAAUAGUUUAAUUGGCUGAAAUAUUGGAAGUGAGACAUUGUGUAUUUGUUAUAGGUCCACCAGGUUGUGGUAAAACAAGUGUAUGGAAAACUUUGGCAAAGACUCAUUAAAAUAGAGGAGAAGAUUUCGAAUUAGAUACUUUAAAUCCUAAGGCAGUAACAUCAGAUGAAUUAUUUGGAUGUUAUACUAAGACAAAGGAAUGGAAGAAUGGUGUUUUAAGUAUGAUUAUGAAGAAUUAAAAUAAAUGUGAAGAAAAGUAUAAACCUAGUCAUUUACAUAAAUGGUCAAUUUUAGAUGGUGAUAUUGAUCCUGAAUGGAUUGAAUCCUUAAAUACAGUUAUGGAUGAUAAUAAAGUACUUACACUAGUGUCAAAUGAUCGUAUUCCUUUGACUCCAUCAAUGAGAUUGUUAUUUGAAAUUUCAAAUCUUAAGAAUGCUACUCCUGCUACAGUAUCUAGAGGUGGUGUCUUGUUUAUUAAUGAAACAGAUAUUGGUUGGAUGCCUUAUAUGAAUAGUUGGUUAGAAAGAUCAUUUGAAAAAUGUGUAGUGAAAAGAGAAGGAUUGAUGGGAUAAGUACCAUAAUCACCUCCUAUUGAUGAUAUUGCUAAAUCUGUAUUCUAUAGAUGUUUCUAAUAAUACUUUGAAACCAAUCCAGAUAUCAGAGAUAAAAGUAAAGUCAGAUUAAUAGUUCCAUAAGUUGAUAUUGCUUAAGUAAUGACUAUCUGUAUGAUUUUGGAUGCAUUACUUUUAGAAACAGAUUACACAAAGAUUGCACAAAUGAAAGAAGAUGAUCAAAAAAUGAUUUAUGAAGCUUAUUUCAUUUAUGCAGGAAUGUGGGCUAUUGGUGGUUGUUUUGGAGGAGGAUAAGAUGAUGAAAAAGAUAUGAAAGAUUUCAACUCUGUAUGGAAAGCUGCUGCUAAAGUAAGAAUGCCAGAAUAAGGUAUGUGUUUCGAUUAUUACUUUGAUUUUGCUGAAUAAAAAUGGACUCAUUGGUAAGGUAAAGUAGUACCUUAUAUUGCUACUGAUGAAGCUAUCUUCUCUAAAAUCUAUGUUGCUACUUUACAUACAACUAGAUUAAGAACUUUAUUAGAUUAUCAUCUUAGAAGAAAGAAAUGUGUGUUAUUUGUAGGAUCUGCAGGUACUGGUAAAUCUGCUGUUAUCAAAGAUUAUUUGAGUUAAACUAAAACAGAUCAAGUAUCAUAUAAAACUAUCAACUUUUCAUCAUUUACUGAUUCAUUAGCAUUAUAGAAGAAUAUAGAAUCUAUGGUUGAAAAGAAAUCUGGUAGAACUUUUGGUAGUGCUACAGGAAAAGCAUUAAUUUGUUUCAUUGAUGAUAUGAAUAUGCCAUAUGUAGAUAAAUAUGGUACAUAAUAACCUAUCUAAUUAUUAAGAUAAGUAGUAGAUUAUGGAAGUGUUUUCAAUAGAGAAUAAUUAGAAGAAAGAAAAUUCCUUUAAGAUUUACUAUUCUUUAGUGCUUUAAAUCAAAAAUCAGGAUCUUU